AUGGCGGCCGCCAAACGAAAAAACCCUCCGAUAUCAGAACCCGAACAAAAUCUCCCGCCGGACAUCAUCGAAUCCAUCCUCCAACGGCUGCCGGCGAAAUCCAUCAUCCGAUUCAGAUCCGUCGCCAAGAUCUGGAACUCCAUCAUCUCCGAUCCACAUUUCUCCCGAAUCCAAUCCAAUCUGGCCUUAUCGUCGUCUUCCUCAACCCUAUUCCUCGCCCGGAAUAUUCCCCGGAACCCCGCCGUCAAUGGCGGACUCCGAUUGCUCCGAUUUCGCGACCAGAUCUUCCAUCCAGAUAAUACCUUCACCUUCUCCGAUCCCCCCUUCCAAAACUCCGAAAUCCUCUGCUCCUGCAAUGGCCUCCUUCUCCUCUGCGAGAAAUCUCCGGCGACCAGAUGCUUCAUCCUUUCCAACCCCCUCGCCCGCACGCACACCGCCGUUUGGUGGCCGAGCGACCGCCGGAAUUCUCUGCCGGCGAAUUGCCGCCCCUUCACUCAAGGCCUCUGCUACGAUCGGACCUCCGGCGACUACAAAAUCGUGAUCGUCGUUUUCGGGGCAUUCUCAGUCUACUCCUGCCGGAAAAGAAUCUGGACAAAAAAAUUCGAAAAAUUCCCCGAAAGCAAAAUCAUAAACCGCGAGGGAAUCUACGCCGACGGCGCGUUUUAUUGGAUCGGCACCGCCGCCGGAAAGCUAGAUCCGGUGGACGUAAUAUACUUCGACGCCGCCGGAGAGAAGUUCGGGACGGUGCGCGUGAUGCUGCCGGUGAACAUCCCGCCGGCCGAUUACGUACGCGCCGUCGUGCCGGCGAAUCUGUGGGGCAAAUUGGCGAUCUGUUUCAAAUUUUCGAACGUUAAGCGGACGAGGUUUCUGAUCGGGAUUUGCGCAGUUCGGAGAAAUGGAGGAGCGAAGUUUUGGGACACGAUAAGGAUCGCCGACGACUCGCCGCCGCCGGCGGGGGAGGGUUGCUGUAAGCAUUCGAUUAGUCAGAGUGGCAACGGGGUGUGUCCGAUCACGGCGGUUUGCGGCGUCGCCGACGGAAUGAUUAUGGCGUUCAUGGAUUGUACGAGGUAUGUUGUUUAUGAUUGUCGUGAGAGGAAUGUUGUUGGUGGGAUUAGGACGUUUUUGGAGGAUUUCGAUUCGAAGCUUGGGGUUUGUAAGGAUCAUAUGUUUUUUCCGGUGGCGAAUGUCCGGCCAUGGCGGCGGUGCCGGCGAACGUCGCGGGUCGUCGAGGAUUGA